AGGGGAGGGGAGGGGAGGCUCCGCCAGGGGGAGGAGCCGCUCCCCGCGUCCCCAUGCCGGGGCUCCUUCGCAUCGCGGCUCCGCUAUAAAACCCCGGCGGGCAUGCUCGCAGCACCUCCCCGCGGCCUCCUGGGCGAGCGACCCCCGGCUCGGUGGCGUCUCGGCUCCGGCGCACUAUGCAACUGCUCCUUGCGCUCCUGGCUCUGGCCGCCGCCGGGCCCUGGGCCAGCUCCGCAGCUUCACACUGGUGCUACGAGAUUCAAAAGAAACAUGGUAGCAACUGCUUGGGGCCUAAAGAAUGGGAGGGGAAUUGCCAAAAGAAGCGCCAGUCGCCCAUCGCCAUCAAAACCUCUGAGGCAAAGGUGAACAGCGACCUGGGGCCCUUCUCCUUCUCUGGUUAUGACAAGAAAGGGAAGUGGAGCGUCACCAACAACGGGCACUCAGUGAUGGUCAAGUUGGACGGGCAGGCCUGGAUCGAGGGCGGAGGACUGGCCGCCAAGUACCAGGCCACGCAGCUGCACCUGCACUGGUCACGGGAGUCGGGCAAAGGCUCUGAGCACAGCCUGGAUGGGACAUUCAAGGCCAUGGAGAUGCACAUAGUCCACCAGAAAAGUCAGGGGACCUCCAGGAGCCGGAGAGCCCCGCAGGACACCCAGGAGGACAUCGCCGUGCUGGCCUUCCUGGUGGAGGCUGGACCCCAGAAUGAUAACUUCCGGCCUCUGGUGAAUGCCUUGUCUGCUAUCCCCAAACCUGACAGCAACACCACCAUGGCGGAAGAGUUCAGCCUCUUUGACUUGCUGCCCGAGAAGGAGAAGCUGAAGAACUAUUUCCGCUACCUGGGCUCCCUCACCACCCCGACAUGUGACGAAACGGUGGUCUGGACUGUGUUCCAGGAGCCCAUUCGACUUCACAGCCAUCAGAUCUCUGCCUUCUCCGAGAAGCUGUUCUAUGAUGAGGAAAAGAAAAUGAACAUGACCGACAACUUCCGGCCCUUGCAGCCGCUGGAAGGGCGUAUAGUGUACAAGUCCGGGGCGCCGGAGCGCCUGCUGCCCUUGGCUCUGACCACCUUGCUGGUGCCCGCACUUACCUACCUGGCCGUUGGCUCCCUCUGACCAGGGGGCCCUUCCAGAUGUUUGACCUCGGCUCGGGCCUUAUACCUUAACUUCCCCAGGUUGGACUCAGUGGGUGAUGAAAACAUGGAUAUAUACAUAUAUAUACAUUUUUGGGGGGAUUUGUUUUUGGGUCGCACCCAGCAAUGCUCAGCGGUUACUCCUGGCUCUGUGCUCAGGAAUUACUCCUGACGAUGCUUAGGGGGACUGGUAUCCAUGGGGUACCAGGAUCCAACCUGGGUCGGCCGCUUGCAAGACAAGCGCCCUCCCCACUGUCUCUGCGGCCCACAUGGAUAUAUUUUUGGAGAAAUGUUUUCAGCUGAUUUUAGUUCCCACAAUGACGCCAGACCUGUUUCCUCCAGCCACCCCUGUUCUUCAGGCUUGGAGACUUCUCCCUGGCAGGAACCCCCAGGCUCCUCCUGCUGAGGACUAUAGGAGGGACCUUGCAAGGCCCACCCAGAAGGCCAGAAAGUGCCAGCCCCACCUCUUGAUUCUGUAAUGGGGUGGGGGGUGGGGGGCGAGCCCACUGAUCUGAGGCAGGAUGGGGCGGGGGGAGUGGCGCUGGCUGUGUCUCUCAGGAAAUAGUCAAACCAAGAUGUGAUCUGUUCCCAGCCCUAAAGUAGCUGAAAGGCAGGACGGCAAGGACUCCCUUUGGGGACACAGGAACUGAGGUCUGAUAAGACUCUACACCCAGAAAGCCUGGAGCCCUUGGGAGAGAAGCUUCCACAGAAACAAAAGACUGUGAUAAGAACAGGAAAGCCAGCCACCAAGAGCUCAAGCCCUUUUCCUCCCAGCAAACAAGUCUUACUGCCUAGGAAGCCCCAGUGGGGGCAGUUUGGGGGAGACCAUCCCUGCAAAGGGGCACCCGCAUCCCACCUCGGGAAUAUGUAAUUCCUAUUACUGUACGGGGUACUGGAGAAAUCCACGUUCUCUCUGGAACACUUCUUUCUUGUUCUCUCCCUCCUUCCCUCCCUCCCUCCCUCCCUCCCUCCCUCCCUUCCUUCCUCAUAUUUCCUAAAUAAAAUUAUUUUACUUUA